GGGCACUUUGAUGGCCUAGGGCUUCUAUUCUCAUUUUUUUGUUACUAUCUUCGUGGAGCUGACGGCGGAGGGGAGUGGAAACCCUAGCAUUUGGAAAAUUUUUGAAGCAGAGAAAAAAUGUCUCUAAUCGCGAACGAGGAUUUCCAGCACAUCCUUCGUGUGCUGAACACGAACGUGGAUGGGAAGAAGAAGAUCAUGUUUGCUCUCACCUCCAUCAAGGGUAUCGGUCGCCGUUUUGCCAACAUCGUCUGCAAGAAGGCCGAUGUCGACAUGAACAAGAGAGCUGGUGAACUGUCUGCUGCUGAACUUGAGAAUCUCAUGACUGUAGUUGCAAAUCCACGCCAAUUCAAAAUCCCAGAUUGGUUUUUAAAUAGAAAGAAGGAUUACAAGGAUGGUCGGUACUCACAAGUGGUUUCAAAUGCAUUGGACAUGAAACUGAGAGAUGAUCUCGAAAGAUUGAAGAAGAUCAGAAAUCAUCGAGGCCUGCGUCAUUAUUGGGGGCUCCGUGUUCGUGGGCAGCACACGAAGACUACUGGGAGGAGAGGAAAGACUGUCGGCGUGUCGAAGAAGCGUUGAUCCUCCACCUCGUUGCUGCUCUGCUUCUGCUGCAUUGUUAUGUUGUCUCUCCAUCGGAGCUUGAAACUAAAAUUUUGGGUGACUUGAAAAAUCUUUUUAAGUAUUUACUUUUCAUGUAGUUUUGCAUCAUUAUAUUACUAUUUUAAGGAUAUAUUGAUUCUCUUAGUUGGUUCUCUUUUUAUUAUAAAGCUUUCUGAUCAAUAUUA